AUGUCGGAGUUCUCACAGUACGCUGCCAAAAGCAGCAAGAGCACAACAAAUGGAACAAGCCACGAUGGCACUGCCUGGGGCGGCGAGAAGAACCCAGCGGCCUUUGACUUCCGCUCCGAUGUGCACACUACGCCGACCAUGUCGAUGCUGAAAGCAAUCCAGGAGUGUAGCCUGCUUGACGAUGUCACAAUGGAAGAUCCAACUACUCUCUCGCUUGAGCGAUUCGUUGCCGAUCUCAGUGGGAAGGAGGAGGCACUCCUGGUGCUGUCUGGCACCAUGGGCAACCAGGUCGCGCUGCGAGCACACCUUACCACACCUCCCCACGCCAUCAUCUGCGACCGACGAGGCCACAUCAUCAACUACGAGGCUGGAGGUGUAGCGACCUUGAGCCAAGCCAUGGUGCAACCACUUGAUGCGAAGAACGGAACAUACCUCACACUGGAGGACAUCCAGAAGUACGCUGUCAUCUCCGACGAUGUCCACGCCUGCCCUACGCGCGUCAUCUCGCUCGAAAACACGCUCAAUGGUGCUAUAAUGCCUCUGUCUGAAGUGAAGCGGAUAUCGGCUUGGGCGCGCGAACACGGCAUCAUAAUGCACUUGGACGGUGCACGUCUGUGGGAAGCUGUAGCUGCAGGCGCUGGUACCCUCAAAGACUACUGCGCCGAGUUUGAUACCAUAAGCCUGUGCAUCAGCAAGGGUCUCGGAGCGCCCAUCGGUAGCAUCAUUGUCGGCACAAAGGAUUUCAUCAAGCGCAGCCGCUGGAUUCGCAAGUCUAUUGGUGGAGGUUUGCGACAAGCUGGUGUUGUUGCAGCUCCAAUGCGCGUUGCCAUUGAAGAGACAUUCCUUGGUGGCAAGCUCACCCAGUCCCACGAGAACGCAAAGAAAAUUGCAAGCAUCUGGACCGACCUUGGAGGCAAGCUGCAAUACCCCGUAGAUACCAACAUGGUUUGGUUAGACCUCGAGGCGCAUCAUGUUGACAUCAACAACUUUAUCGAGCUAGCGGAGAAGUACGGCGUAAGGGUCCGCGGUGGUAGAUUUGUUGUGCAUUACCAGAUUGGCGAAGAGGCAAUUGAAGCGCUGCGAAAGAUCUUCACCGAAGUCUUGACUGGUAAGGAAUCGACAGGGAAGAAAGCCGAAGCCCCGCAUGACCCCGAAGACUUGAAACUGAAGGGUAAGGGCGUGGAGUAG